UUAUACUAGAUCAAUUACUAAUCUCCAGCUAUUUAAGCCUAAUCCUCCUCUAGGCAGGGGACCAAACAGCCUCACUCUCACAGUCUCACUCACUCACUGAGAGCUCUCACUCCAUUGGCCUGUUGAGAAGAUACUCAAAAGGGCCGGCUUCUCUCUCUCUCUCUGGGACCAACCAGAGAACCCCUGAAUCUAAGUCCUAUAUAUCGCCAUAGCCCAGUGGCUCCCCGCCCCCACGGCAUUCUUUGCUCAAAGUCGUUGGAGGUGAAUCUAAAGCUCACAGAUUCUUGGAACCAGACAACAAUGGGGAUCAUCAACUGGAUGCAGAGCAGAUUCCAUGGGAAGACGGAGACCAGCAGAAUCUUUGACGGCGCAACCGCCACCAGUUCAUAUAGAGGUGGUGCUGGAGCCCAAGGGACGACGCAAGGGACGAUCGUUCACGAAUCAGAGAAGCGUCUCGACGCCGAGCCAUGGCCUCAGGCGGGCAUCCUCUCCAUCGGCACGCUCGGCAGCGAGGAGCCUCCCGCGCAGGAGCAGGACCUGCCGGAGUUCACCGUGGAGGAGGUGAAGAAGCUCCAGGACGCGCUGGCCAUGCUCCUGCGGCGGGCCAAGUCCAAGUCCAGCGCCCGCGGCUCCGGGGCCGGGGCCGGCGAGGACAGGCCGCCGCUGGACAGGUUCCUCAACUGCCCGUCCUGCCUGGAGGUGGAGAGGAGGGUCGUCCAGACGACGGCGACGAAUCACGGCGGCCAGGAAGAAGGAGACCUCUCGCCGGACACCAAGAUCAUCCUGAACAGGGCCAGGGACCUGCUCGAUAGCGGCGGCGGCGGCGGCGGCAUCAAGCAGAGGUCGUUCAAGUUCCUGCUCAAGAAGAUGUUCGCCUGCAAUGGCGGCUUCUCGGCCGCGCCGCCCCGGAGCUUGAAGGACCCAGUGGAGUCAAGAAUGGAGAAGUUCUUCCGAACGAUGAUCGGGAAGAAGAUGAACGCCAGGUCGGGGAACGGGUCGGCGUCGUCCAGGAAAUACUUCUUGGAGGACGGAACCAAAGGCAGGAGGCGAGGCGGUCGUCGUUGCGGUUGCCAAGAAGAAGAGGAGAGGGAAGCAGAGAGUUGCAGGUGGGACAGAACAGAUUCUGAAUUCAUUGUUUUGGAGAUAUGAAAGUGAUAAUAUCAUGGUGGACUGGUGAUGAGGCGACUGGAACCAAGAAAAAAUGUCAACUGUCAAAAUUAAUCAAGGGUCCUUGCUAAGGUCAAGAUGGAAGCCAAGAUGUUGAGUUGCUUGGACCGUGGAAAUUCUACAAUCUUCCUCCUCUUUUUUUUUUGAUGAGACAACAUCUCAUUUUUCCCCUCUAUGUGGGCUUGUAAAUACAUUGUGCGCCACAUAUUAUUGGGCUAGAUAAAUUUUCAGUUGCAUUUUUUUAUAUAGUUCUAUUUUCACGUGCCAUUGACAAGUGACAACCCAACAAAAAUAAAAUAACCUCAUGUGGAUGUAAUGUAAUAUUGUUGGUGUUUCAAGUGAGCACCAACCACUAAACUUGUGAUGUGCGUUUUAGACCAGGAUGGUGUGCAAGUAGGACUAACAAUUAUACUGGUUCACCCGGAAUGUCCUUACUCCAAUCUUCAA